AUGUCGUCUUGCUAUCUGGAUGUGUCUAUUCUUUUAACUGGAUCUGGAUCAACUCAAUGUUCUGGCAGAGUUGAAGUUUAUCACAAUAACAGCUGGGGAACAGUCUGUGAUGAUGGCUGGGACUUAAAUGAUGCUGAGGUGGUUUGCAGACAGAUAAACUGUGGAUCAGCACUGGAAGUUCCUCCAUCAGCUGACUUUGGUGCAGGAACUGGACAGAUCUGGCUUGACAAUGUGACCUGUUCAGGAAAUGAAAGUUCUCUAACUGAGUGUCAACACAGUGGGUUUGGAUCAAACAGAUGUGAGCAUAGUCAGAAUGCUGCUGUCAUCUGUUCAGAUCUGAUCAGAUUAGCUGGGUCUGGAUCUUCUCGAUGCGCUGGCAGAGUUGAAAUCUUUCACAAUAACAUCUGGGGAACAGUCUCUGAUUGGUACUGGAACUUGAAUGAUGCUGAGGUGGUUUGCAGACAGUUAAACUGUGGGUCGGCACUAGAAGCUACUCAAUCAUCUAAAUUUGGUGCAGGAACUGGACAGGUCUGGCUCACUGAUGUGACCUGUUCAGGAAAUGAAAGUUCUAUAACGGAAUGUCAACACACUGGAUGGGGAAACUACUACUACAUCAGCAAUUUCUACAACUAUUACUACAACUUCUACUACUACUACUACUAUGGACAUUCUUAUGACGUUGGUGUCAUCUGUUCAGGUGCCAAAACUUUUUGA